GGGGACAAAAUGGAGUUGAGGUCUAGGGGCGCCCUAAAGGUCGUUUGGAGGUCUGGCAAGCACUUGAGAUGCUCCUCUCGAAAGGGUCCUGGCAAAGCAGAGUACCCCGAUCAGGAAGAUCAGGGAGCAGCAGGAAGAGGUAGGCCAGGGUCUCAAGAAGCCCAGAGUCCAGCAAAGGAAAAGACAGGGUGACCUCGGGGCUCUUCCCGGCUGGCUGAGGCAGGCGAGUAGACCGCCCUGGCUCAAGAAGAAAGCGAGCCGAUUUGGGGAACAGGAAUGCCCACUCAACCUCCCCCCAGCUCAGGUGUAGGACGUGGCCCCACUGGAGACGGGGCCCCGAAAGGGACAGGGCAGGGAUGCCGGCGCCACAGCCUCACCAGCUGGGGUUACUCACCGCAGACGCUGCCCACCACGUCUUCCCAGCCGGCCGGCGCCUUGCACUCGGGAAGCUGCCGAAAAACACCCGCGUGCCCGCUAGCGCUGGGACGAGGAGGGGCGCGCCGCGGAGGCCGGAGAAAAAGCCGCAGCAGCGCGCGCGCACCCGGACGGCAAGCGGAGGCGGGGAGGCGCGGCGCGAGCCCGGAAAAGACGGGCCCGGAGGGGCGGGCGGAGCGGGGGCGUGCGGUGGUGUGGCUGAGCCAGCCGAAUCGCGGGCGGCCUAGGACUCGGCCCACCCCCGCGCCCCCCUCCCCCGCCCCGCUCACCCCUCUACGUCACCCCCAGAAAAGACCGGGCCCAGCCGGCUUCGAGCGGCCGGGGAGGGGCGUUGCGGUGGAGCCCAGGCGUCUAACAGCUCCCCCGGGCUCGCUGCCGCAGGUUGUUGUCUCGCUUUGGGGCCUCCUCAGCUAG